UUCAUCUGAAUUACCGCUUCUACUUCCGACUAACCAACUCGCUUCGCCCCUUUCCAGCAAUCGCAAUGGAGUCCUCGAUCAUCAAGUCCCAGGCCUACGGUAAGGACCGCGUCCGCGUUGUCCGCGUCGUCCGCCACGCCGACGGCUGGCAGGAGGUUGCCGACUACUCGGUCUGCUGCCUGCUCUCGGGUGCCCAGUUCGAGUCCUCGUACACCAAGGGCGACAACAAGCUGGUCGUCGCCACCGACUCGCAGAAGAACACCGUCUACUACCUGGCCAAGACGCUGCCUGCCGAGAAGGUCAUGGUCCCCGAGGUGUUCGCCACCGAGAUCGCCAAGUUCAUGGUCAACAAGUACGCCCACGUCACCUCGUGCCAGGUCAAGAUCAUCACCAAGCCGUGGGAGCGCAUGAAGUUCGACAACCGCAGCCACCCCCACUCGUUCUACCGCGAGGGCAAGGAGACCCGCUGGACCGAGGCCGUGGUCACCAAGACCAACCCGCCGUCGAACGCGUCUCUGGUCGCCGACGUCACCUCGGGCUUCUACGACCUGGAGGUGCUCAAGACCACCAACUCGUCGUUCACCGACUUCUGGCGCGACGAGCUGGCCACCCUGCCGGACAUGCCCGACCGCAUGCUGUCGACCAAGGUUCUGUGCCAGUGGAAGGUUGUGUCCAAGGACAUCGACACCAUCCAGGCGCUGCCCUUCGACACCAUCUACAACGGCGCCAAGCGCAACACCCUCGAUGCGUUCGCCAACGACCCCCGUGCCUGGGUCCACGCCUCGGUCCAGACCACCCUGUACAUCAUGGCCGACCGCAUCCUCAACGAGUUCGCUGCCGUCGACGACGUGUACUACGCUCUGCCCAACAUCCACAUCUUCCCGUUCGAUCUGAGCAAGUUCGGCCUGAAGAACCUGGCUUCGGACGCCGAGGUCUACAUGCCCAUUGCCGACCCGUCCGGCUUCAUCACUGCCACCAUCUCGCGCCCCGCCACCAAGCUCUAAGUCUGCUGUCGGUUCCCAGCGUAAGAUCGGAGGUUUAGCCAACCCAAGGUUUUCUUCGUUUUUGCUCUGCCAGAAUUCCUAAUCGCCGCCCCUCUGCGGUUCGGCGCUCCCAUCCCCUCUGCCUUCUACCUACUUGUACAUUAGAAAUUCGGGUGUUGCUUUUUCUUUCUUUCCCUUUUUAGCUUUCAUCCGGGCACAAAGCUGGAUGCUGGCGAUUAAUGCACGAAAGAAAAAUUCAAUAUAUCU